AUAUAAUUUACAUGAGAUAACUCUGCCCUAAAAACCCUUUUGCUCUAUUUUUGCUACACAUUCAUCCUCAUCUUUCCAGAGCCUCUAAUUUGCAGUCUUGUACCCAAACCAAGCAGAGCGAACUUCCGCAGGCAUCUCGGAGUCAAAUCAAGUUUACAAUGGCUUCUCGUUUUUGGACGCAAGGAGAUAGUGAAUCUGAAGAGGAAGAGAGUGACAUUGAAGAGGAAGAGAAUGAAGUUGAGGCAGGGGAUAGAGAUGGCGGCGAUACUGCAGCUAGAUCCAAAUAUCUAUCAAAAGCUGCAAGUGACAGCGAUGAGUCUGAUGAUCAGCGAAGGGUUGUUAGGUCUGCAAAAGACAAGAGGUUUGAGGAAAUGAGUCUUACUGUUGAUCAGAUAAAGAAUGCCAUGAAGAUUAAUGAUUGGGUCAGCUUACAGGAAAGCUUUGAUAAGCUUAACAAGCAACUGGAGAAGGUGAUCCGGGUCACAGAGUCUGUCCAGGUCCCUAGACUAUAUAUCAAGGCUCUUGUUGUGCUAGAGGAUUUUCUGGCGCAAGCCCUGGCUAACAAGGAGGCUAAGAAAAAGAUGAGCAGCAGCAAUGCCAAAGCCCUCAAUUCAAUGAAGCAAAAGCUCAAAAAAAAUAAUAAACUUUAUGAAGUUGAUAUUGAGAGAUAUAGAGCCAGUCCUGUGUCAGAAGAUGAUGUGGAUAAAUCUGAUGAGGAUGAGGAUUCUGAAGUGGAUGUUGAGGAAGACCCUGCCAAAAUAGCCGCUUCAUAUAUUACAGAGUCUGAUGAAGAUGAAGAUGAAGAUGAAGGUCAAGAUGAAGAAGGUGGUUGGGAGAAGAAGAAGAGUAAGAGGGAUAAAUUGAUGGACAAACAGUUUAUGCGAGAUCCAAGUGAGAUUACAUGGGAAAUGGUGGACAAGAAGCUUAAAGAAAUAAUUGCUGCUCGUGGAAGGAAAGGAACAGGCAUGGUUGAGCAAGUUGAACAACUCACAUAUUUAACAAGGGUGGCAAAGACACCUGCACAAAAACUAGAGGUAUUGGUGAAUGUUGUUUCUGCACAGUUUGAUGUGAACCCCAGCCUCAGCACCCAUAUGCCAAUUCCUGUGUGGAAGAAAUGCGUCCAGAAUAUUCUUGUUAUGCUUGAUAUUCUGGCUCAGUACCCGAACAUUGUCAUUGAUGAUUCUGUAGAGCCUGAUGAAAAUGAAACCCAGAAAGGGGCAGAUCAUGAGGGGACUAUCCGAGUUUGGGGUAAUAUUCUUGCAUUUCUUGAACGAAUUGAUAACGAACUCUUCAAAAGUUUACAGUGCAUUGAUCCUCACACAAAGGAGUAUGUUGAGCGCCUGCAAGAUGAGCCACUGUUUAUGGUACUUGCACAGAAUGUUCAGGAUUAUGUUGAACGGAUGCAAGAUAUGAAGGCAGCUGCAAAGGUUGCCCUAAAACGUGUGGAACUUGUAUACUAUAAGCCGCAGGAGGUCUAUGAAGCCAUGAGAAAACUGGCCGAGAUGCAAACCAGGACAGAUGCUGCUGCAUUUGAAGCUGAUUUAAAUGGAGUUGAAAAUGGAGACAUGGAUGAUUAUGAUAGCAAAGCUGCUAAUAUAGAACCUAAGCCAAGUGAAGAUUUUAGAGGACCUCCAGCAUUCAUUGUUACUCCAGAGAUUGUGCCGCGUAGGCCAACAUUUCCAGAACAUAGCAGGACCCUAAUGGACAUUCUGGUUUCUCUGAUCUACAAGCAUGGUGAUGAACGGACAAAAGCAAGGGCCAUGCUUUGUGACAUCUAUCACUUUGCUAUAUUAGAUGAUUUUUCAGUUGCUCGAGAUUUGUUGCUUAUGAGUCACUUGCAGGAUGGUGUACAACACAUGGAUAUUUCUACACAGAUACUUUUUAAUCGAGCUAUGGCACAGCUCGGUCUUUGUGCUUUUCGAGCGUCUUUAAUCUCGGAAGCCCAUGGGUGUCUAUCUGAACUCUAUGCAGGCGGGAGGGUUAAAGAACUACUGGCCCAAGGGGUUUCACAAAGUCGAUAUCAUGAAAAGACUCCAGAGCAGGAAAAACUUGAGCGGCGGAGGCAAAUGCCUUACCACAUGCAUAUUAAUCUUGAAUUACUUGAAGCUGUUCAUCUGAUUUGUGCCAUGCUUUUGGAGGUGCCAAAUAUGGCUGCAAAUGCACAUGAUGUUAGAAGAAAGGUGAUAAGUAAGCCAUUCCGGCGUAUAUUGGAAAUAAAUGAGAAGCAAACAUUCACGGGUCCUCCUGAGAAUGUUCGUGAUCAUGUUAUGGCUGCAACCCGAGCAUUAAGCAAGGGCGAAUGGGAAAAAGCAUACAAAGUUAUUGAAAGUCUUGAUGCUUGGAAGCUUAUUCGAGAAAAGGAUAAUGUGCUAGAUAUGUUGAAGUUAAAAAUUCGUGAAGAAGCUCUGAGAACUUACCUAUUCACCUAUUCCUCAUGUUAUGGUUCGCUGAGCUUAGAUCAGCUUACAACUAUGUUUGAGCUUUCUGAAGCACAAGUACAUAGCAUGGUGAGUAGGAUGAUGAUAGCAGAAGAACUUCAUGCAAGUUGGGACCAGCCUACAAGGUGCAUUGUUACUCAUAAUGUGGAGCCUACCAGAUUACAAGCCUUGGCAAUACAAUUUGCUGAGAAAUUGUCAGUUCUCAUUGAUAGUAAUGAGAGAGCUUUUGAUGCUCGAACAGGAGGUGGAUUAGAGGGACCUCUGGCAACAAGGAGGAGAGACGCACAAGAUUAUGCUGGUGCUGCUUCUGGUCGGUGGCAAAAUGAUUUUUCUAAUGGACAAGGCAGACAGGGUGGUUUUUCUUCUCGGUCAACCUAUACGGGUGCACGGAAUGCAGGUGGCCAGGGACGUACUGGUGCUUCUGGAGCCACGUUUUCAAAAGAUCGGUUUGGUCAAGCUGGUCGUGCCGGAGCUGCAUAUUCUUCAGGCUAUCAAAGCACACGCUACCAAGAUGCAUAUAGUAGCGUUGGGAGAACUCCUUACCAAACAGGCUCAGCAUCCUCUGCUGGUGUCAGAGGUACUCAGCCUGAUGGAGCAGCUCGGAUGGUGAGCUUAACAAGAUCGGGCAGGUUUUAGUGGCUUAUUCUAUAACUGGUCAUUAUCCACUUCAUAGUUUGCAAACUCUGCGCGAGUACUCUCUAUUUUUUAUGCUGGGCGAGUUUUUACAAGUUUAACUCGUGAGUUUUUAUAGAUGUAGGAAAAAUGCUAUUAAACCAUGCAUUUUCUCUUUCAACGUGUCGAUUUUUAAUUUAAUACAUUUUGUAAUGAAUUUUGCAAAAAAAAAGAAAAAUAAUUUCUCCGAGAAAUAUUAAUUUGUAGUACUUUCUAAUA